AUGUGGACCGUUCUCCGAAGAGCAACACCACCGUCGUCACAGCAGCAAACGCGACAUGUUCCCACAUCAUCAUCAGCUUCUCAACAAGCGCCUGUAUCGCAGGCGAAUACAGAGUCAUCAGCACAGCAAGUCGUAAAGAAAGAGCCUCGUGAGAAAGUCAAUGAUGAGUCCAAUGGUCGUGCAACUCCUGUUCGUCCUCGUCCCACAACGGAAGCGUCCAAUCGUCCGGGCCCUGUGAAAAGGGAGCGGGUAAGCACUGAUGCAGCCGAGGAGACCACUCCAUCAACCAAGGUUGAAGAGGACGAGAAGAAGCCGCCGGUGAAAAAGUCAAAAGAAGAAGAUGCCGUUACAUCGUGGCGAACAUUCUAUAAUGCUGAACUAGCACGUCAAAAGGAGAUUGAGCUGAACUUGGAUAUCGAUCCGGAGAUGCGUGACCUUGUGGCGCAGUCGCUAACACUGGAAAAUAAGCUCGUCGCUGAGCUUAUCAAAAUGAAAACGGCUGCUGCAUUGGUCGCUGUACAAGAGAAUGAAGUUUGUAUUUGUAAUGCGAAGAUACAAAGCUUGAGAGAACUUAGACAUGAUCUUGAAAGCCGACAAUCUCGUCUCAUGGCUCCGGCGGUUGUAACCAUGCCUGACUUGAAUUCUAGAGCGUAG